UCUCUUGUUUACAGCCCUAGACCACUGCUGUCUGGCAGCCCCACAGAGGGCCCCCUGGGCAUGCGGACAGGGAGCAUCUCCUCCCCUCACUGCCUUCACAGCACCCCUCCACAGUGGGACCCCACGAAAGACCUGCGCACCAUCGCCAACAACUUCUUCUACCUUGAUACCUCAGGUAAUGCAAAUGGAAUAUUCAAACUGUGAACUCAGUCCAACAGGCUCCCUGAAACCCUGUCAUUGUUUCUUGUUUUAAUGUUUUUCGUAAAACAAGAGCUACUUGCGUUUCAAUUCCUCCAGCUGACUGUUUACUACAGGAUUAUUACUCAAAUCUAAACCAUUGAAUAAAUUAAUAACCUUUGAUCUAUCUCUCUCUGCAGGCUGGUACUGGGGAGCCAUCACAGCAGGUCAGGCCCAUGCAGUUCUCCAGGCAGCGUCAGAAGGGGCCUUUCUGAUUCGAGACAGCAGCCAUCCCCUGUACAUGCUGACCCUGUCUGUUAGGACUGCCCGUGGCCCCACCAGCAUACGCAUCCAGUAUAGUGGAGCCCGGUUUCUGCUAGACUCCAGCUCGCCAGCCCGACCCAGCCUUUUGUCCUUUCCUGACGUGCCUAGCAUGGUGCAGUACUACGUGGGAACAACGAGUAAGGUGCAGCAGGGCAAGAUGGAGGAGACUCAUGGCGCCCAGCCUGCCCAGAGGACAGUUCAGGAGAGCACAGUAGUGCUGAAGCUCAAGCGGGCUGUGCACAAGCCCCAGGCCUUCCCCUCCCUCCAGCACCUCACACGCCUCACCAUCAACUGCAGCACAUGCUGUCCCGACCAGUUGCCACUACCACGCCCACUGGUGCGCUACCUGCAGGACUACCCCUACCAUGUGUGA